GCGGUGCCGGUGGCGGCGGCCCCGCCAUGGCGGUGUCGCCCUACGUGCAGGCCAUGCAGGAGCUGUUCCGCGCCAACACGCGCAGCCGCGAGUUCCCGGCGCACGGCGCCAAGGUGCACUCGGUGGCCUGGAGCUGCUGCGGCCGCCGCCUCGCCUCCGGCUCCUUCGACAAGACCGCCAGCGUCUUCCUGCUCGAGAAGGACCGGCUGGUGAAGGAGAACAACUACCGCGGCCACGGGGACAGCGUGGAUCAGCUCUGCUGGCACCCCAGCAACCCGGACCUGUUUGUCACAGCGUCAGGGGACAAAACCAUCCGCAUCUGGGACGUCCGCACCACCAAGUGCAUCGCCACUGUCAACACCAAAGGUGAGAACAUCAACAUCUGCUGGAGCCCUGACGGGCAGACCAUUGCCGUGGGGAACAAGGAUGAUGUGGUCACCUUCAUUGAUGCCAAGACACAUCGCUCCAAAGCUGAGGAGCAGUUCAAGUUUGAGGUGAACGAGAUCUCGUGGAACAACGAUAACAACAUGUUCUUCCUCACCAAUGGCAAUGGCUGCAUCAACAUCCUCAGCUACCCAGAGCUGAAACCCAUCCAGUCCAUCAACGCCCAUCCUUCCAACUGCAUCUGCAUCAAGUUUGAUCCCAUGGGGAAGUACUUUGCCACGGGCAGUGCUGAUGCACUGGUCAGCCUCUGGGACGUGGAUGAGCUGGUGUGUGUGAGGUGCUUCUCCAGGCUCGACUGGCCCGUGCGGACAUUGAGCUUCAGCCAUGAUGGGAAGAUGCUGGCCUCAGCAUCAGAAGAUCACUUCAUUGACAUUGCUGAAGUGGAGACAGGAGAGAAGCUCUGGGAGGUGCAGUGUGAGUCCCCCACCUUCACAGUGGCCUGGCACCCCAAGAGGCCUCUGCUGGCCUUCGCCUGUGACGACAAAGAUGGCAAAUAUGACAGCAGCAGGGAGGCUGGCACUGUCAAGCUCUUCGGGCUCCCCAACGACUCCUGAUGAAGCUGCUGCCCCCAGGGAGGCAACACCUGCCUGCCCUCGAGGGUGGGAGCUUGGCACAGGUGGGCAAGGAGCUGGCUC